UCUGCAUAUCAAGUAGUUUUUACUAAAAAAAAUAUAAUAAAUAUUAAUAAUGUAUUAUUGAUAAGCCAAUUUAAAGUGUAUAAGCGGCAGUCGCAGGUUCUCAACAGUCCUUUACCUACCAUUUAAAAAGGAUUAUCUUCAUUAGCCAAUUCGGGUAAGUUACCACAUUAGUUAAUAGUAAUGGAGAAUUAUAAUUAUCCUUUAUUAAUCCUUUCAAGGAGAAAUUCAUAGUGCAAUCAAUAUUUAAUUCUAAAAAGGAUUAUCUUCAAUAGCUUGUUUGUGUAAGUUAGUAUUUUAGAUGCCCUGUUUAUAAUAUAUGUAUAUAAGGUUUAAAUAAGAAAUACCAACGAACUGUAAUUAUUCUUAUUUUGUCUUUGUACGAGUUUACAUCAUUGUAAAAUUUGAAAAUGCCGUUACAAUUUGUUGACAGCGAAAGGGGUCACAAAAUGCUUUUAUACAAUGGCCAUACACAUUCUAGAGAAAAAAUUUCUGGAGAAAAAGGUAUUUGGAAAUGUUUUCUAUAUCAUAAAUGGAGAUGUACUGGUCGCAUUCAUACUAUAGGCGAUGAAAUUGUGAAGAGUACCGAAAAUAAUCAUGUGUCAGAUAGUGCUGAUGCCGAAGUAAGAAGAGCUAUUAAAAAAAUGAAAGUUUUAGCUGAACAAAGUGGUUCCACUACUCACCAAAUCAUUGCAAAGGUGUCCGAGGAUUUAUCAUCUUCGGCUGCAGUCAGAUUACCACAAGUGAGUGCAAUGAAAAGAACUAUUCAACGAAAAAAGGAAAAGACAAAAGGAAUUCCUGCGAUUUCAAAUUCUCUGCUUCAAUUAGUUAUUCCACAGGAAUAUACACUGACAAGCAGUGGUCAGUUAUUUUUAAUGUACGACAGCGGCCCAUCAGAAGAUCGAAUAUUAGUGUUUACAACAGCAAGAAAUCUUGAUUACAUGUUGGAGUGUGAACACUGGUACGGAGAUGGAACUUUUUCAACAGCCCCUAAUAUGUUUUCCCAUAUAUAUACAAUCCAUGGGCGUCAAAUAUUCAAAUACCAUUCCAACAGUAUAUGCAAUUCUGCCGAAUAAAAGAGAAGAAAACUAUAGACGUUUAUAUGCAGCAUUAAAAAAUUUGAAACCUAAACUUUGCCCUACAUCUUUUUUAAUGGAUUUCGAAAAAGGCGAUGAAUGCGGUACGAAGUGAAUUCCCUAAUACUCAAAUUCGUGGAUGCUUUUUUUAUUUUUUUCAGUGUAUAUGGAGACAAAUCCAGAAUACCGGAUUUCAGAGGCGAUAUGUGGAUGAAGAAGUGUUUUCAUCAAAUUUGCGACUUCUGGCUGCACUUGCUUAUGUUCCUAAACACGAUGUAGAGAGUGCUUUUGAUUUAUUAUUGGAAAGUGAAUUCUAUGCAGAAAACGAGGACUUAGCAGAUUUAAUAAACUAUUUUGAAGACACGUGGAUUGGUAGAUUAGACAGAAGAGGAAGAAGACGGUUACCAAAAUUUCCUAUAUCUUCUUGGAAUUGUUACAAUGCAGCCAGAGAGGGAAUUGCUAGAACCAAUAAUGCAGUUGAAGGAUGGCAUAACAGUUUCAGUUCAAUUGUUUCCAUUGCAUAUCCCAACAUUUGGAGGCUAAUUAAGGCUUUACAGAAGGAGAAAAGCCUUAACAAAUUGAAAAUAGAGCAAAUUGUGGCAGGUAAUAAAAUUACUCAAAAAAAAAUUACAAUGAUUUUGCACGUCGUUUAAAACUACUUACAGAAUCCUACGACGCUCGUAAUACCAUG